AUGUUGAUUCUUUAUAUUUUUUCUUUGAUUCUACCAAUUUUUGCCCUUGAAAAUUAUCCAAUCCAUCAUCCACCUUCGGUUGUAGCUUCAGGAGAACCAAUUGUGAUCGAAUCAAUGAAAAGAACUUCGAAAAACUUGAAUGAAUCGAAUCCUGAUGAAGGAUAUCGAGAGAGAUAUUUGACAACUUCGACAAUUCCAACAACUACAACUGAAAAACUGAGAAAAGCCGGAAAAUUGGCGGAUGAAAUGCGAUCUUGA